CUGACAGUUUCACCUAACCUUAAAUAAAUGACAUUUGACAAGCUCUAAAAUUUCUUUGUAAAUAUUUUCAUGUUAAGAACAUUUUUUGUUGUAUACAUCCUCAAUACCAGAAAAUGGCUUUGCUGUUUAUUGGGGAAGACCCUUGGUUAUUGGAAUAUGAAUCAUGUGAAAAUUUAAGACGAGACAUAAUGGAACAGUUAACAAGAAGACAACAAUAUCAUAGAACAAGUGAUCAUUAUUCUCAAAUAUCAGCGAAUAUUAGACUCAGAUUAAAACAGUACAACAAUGAAGUUGGACAGCUUAGCCAAAAAUUGGAUGUGGCAGCAAGAUCAGACUCAAUAACAUCAGCAGAAGUAGAAAGAAGAACCAGGCAAAUUGAAGAAUUACAUUCAAAAGGGGUGCAAAUGAAUAAAAUGUUCAAUGACCAAGGUAAAAGUAAAUUACUUGAGGACAGAGGAAAAUUAUUAGGUAACAGAUUUGAUGAAGCAUCCAGCUCAAAUACAAAUAACCAAAGCAUUGAUGAAAUCAGGGCAGAACAAAAAAGAAUGCUUGGAGAUCAAGAAAAGGGGUUGGAGAAUUUGUCUCAGAUUAUUUCACGGCAAAAGGAUAUUGCUAAUACCAUAUCCAAUGAGGUUGAUUAUCACAAUGAAAUUCUUGAUGAUUUGGGAACACAAAUGGAUAGAACAGAUCAUAGAGUUAGAACUGAAACCCAACACAUAUCAGUGGUAGAUACCAAAGAUAAAACCUGCAUUUAUUGGGUUAUUAUUAUUUUAUUAUUUAUAAGUAUAAUUGUUGUUGCAGCAAUAUAAGCCAUAAAAUACAUUUACUGUAGAUAAUAAGCAUGUAUAUUUUAGCUUUAAGUAUAAAUUGUUGAUAAAUAUUUUAUAUGUAAUAUAAUAUUAAGCCUAUAUUUUUAACAUAAA